UGUUGACGUAUGUUGGUAACAAACAAAUAUCCCCAACACUUGUCAACAGGUAUGCAACAUGUGGUGCAGUGAAUGUUAUCAGAAUCACAGUAUAUCUGAAUAGAUAAUAAUAAGUUUGUAUUAUUUCAUCCGCAAAUUGUGAUUUCUUCACAAAAACGAAACGACGUUGUUGACGUAAAAAUGUUAGGUUAAGUUUCCGACAUUUAUUCAGUCAACCAAAAUGUCUUCAUGGAAAAACCACGUGAGACGACACAGUUCAUCGUUGGAAAAAUUCACGUGCCACAACGCCAAAAUUGAACCCUAUUUCUGCAAAAACUGCGACUUUGAAACCGGACUAACGAUUCUAUUUAGACAACACGUUAGCAAACAUCACGACCCUAAAAGACAAUCUAGAGCCGAUUCAUCAAGUUGGGAUUUUGUUAUCGAAGACUACGUUUGCGAAAAAUGCGAUUUUAAAACAAAUCUGUCGUUAAAGAUGCUUCAGCAUACUUUGACGUGCACUGGAAUGAAAGAAAAUCGCAGUAGUGUGAGUGUUCCGGAAAAGAAUGUCACAUACUACUCCACUUUCGACCAAACUGACGGAAAACGUUGGUUUGUUUGUACGGAAUGUUCCUACAAAGCUAGAAAGGAAAGUAUUUUAAAAUCUCACAUAGGUAAACACGAUUCCAAGCAACGCUAUGCAUGUGACCAGUGUCCGUUUAAAACUAACUGGAAAAUAUCUUUAAGCAAUCACAUAAAACGCAACCACUUAGAUGAACAAGAUGUUGAAUGGUACAAAUGUGACAAGUGUCCUUUUAAAAAUAUAGUAAAAGAAGAGUUAACUAAGCACAUAAAACACUUACACUUGAAAGAAGAAGAAGGUAAUUGGUACCAAUGCAAUGAAUGUCAAUUCAGAACUAGGUACAAAAGGCGUUUAAAAAGUCACGCAAUUUUGAAACAUGUAGAUGAUGAAAAAAUAAAGUGGUACGAAUGCAAAUAUUGUCCACAUAAAACUAGACAUAAAUAUGCCUUAAAUAUCCACUUGAAUUGUAAGCAUGUGGAUGAAUAUGGUGGCGAAUGGUACCAGUGUACUGAGUGUCCGUAUAAAACUAGGAAUAACUACAGUUUGAAGCGACACACGUCUGCGAAACAUUCAGACAAAGAUAAAACGAAAUGGUACGAAUGUAGAAGUUGCCCAUACAAAGCUAGACAGAUCUGGCAUUUACAAAAACAUGUGAUGUCUCGACAUUUGAACGAAAAAUAAGUUAAGUGUGUAAGAUUUCGUCUAGUUUAAGUUGGUGUAGUAUUAAGCUGAUUGUAUAUAAAUAUAAAUUUAUUAUUUUCCAUAUUAAA